UUAGUCUUAAUCCUAAACAUCAUCAUCGCUGUUAUCCAACGGCAAUAGUCAAACGGAUUUUAGCUGUUAAGACCAUGGUAUCAACAUGAUGAAAAUUCCACCAUCUGGAACUCCAUGGCGUAUAUUGGAUUGAGAAUGCGAUUAGUUCAAACCCAGGAGUAGGUAUAAAGGCAGGAGUCCAUCCUUCUCUUCACCUCACUACCUCGAUCUCAAGCUUUCAUACAUCACCCUCAAAUAUAUUCAUUCUUAGAAUAGACUUUAAACAUCUCGUAUAUUACUCACAAUGGCCUCAACAACAAUGUCACAACAUCUUGCUGCUAUUAUACCAGAGAAGGGUAGCCCUCUGAAAAUAGUUCAUAGGCCAACGCCUACACCAGGUCCAACAGAGCUUCUCAUAGAAGUCCACUCCAUUGCAUGUAACCCAAUCGAUUAUUACAUGCGCGACCAUGGCUUCGCUGUUGCCUCCUACCCCGCAAUUCCUGGCUCAGACAUUUCUGGUAUCGUCAUUGCCGCUGGUUCAUCCGUGCCAGCUGCUGCACCAAAAGUUGGAACACGUGUGACAGCUUUUGCGCAUGCAUUCUUCACUCAUGGUGAUCCAGACUAUGGAGCAUUUCAGAAGAAAGUUCUUGUACCAGCUUCAAGCGUAUGCCCACUACCUGACGGAAUAAGCUUCAACGAAGGAUCAAUUCUUCCAAUGGCCGUGCAAACCUCGAUGGCUGCUUGGUAUUCUGCCGGACUAGCACGCGGUACAAAGCUCACGUCUGCAGACAAGAAGGGUAUGCUGGUAUGGGGUGGAAGUAGCAGCAUUGGAGGCGUAGGUAUACAACAGGCUUCGAGGAUGGGAUAUGUUGUAUAUGCCACCGCUAGCCCACAUCAUCAUGAGUACGUCAAGAAACUCGGAGCCUCAAAAGUAUUUGAUUACAAGGAUAUUAAUGUUGUUGAAAAAAUUGUCAAAUCAGCAAAAGAGGACGGAAUUACAAUAAAUUUGGCAUAUGAUGCUGCUGGUGCGCUGCAGCCCAUCUUGGAUAUCCUGAAGGCCGUAAAGGGUGACGAUGUUGCCAAAUUGGCUUCAGCAGUUCUCUUGGGAUCUGUUACUCCAACUGUGGAAGGUAUUGAUAUCAAAUUUGUUUCAGCCCCAUCGGAUGAUGCAGAAAGGGAUGAAUGGUCUCAGUGGCUUUAUUGGACUUGGCUGAAGGAAAACCUGCAAACGGGUGAAAUAGUUCCAAGCCCAAGUAUCAAAGUAGUAGAUGGAGGAUUGGAAUCUGCAAACAAAGCAUUAGACGAGUUGAAAGGAGGGGUCAGUGGUGUGAAAUUAGUGUUGGAAGUAUAAUGUAUUCUUCGGAAUGUUUUUGUACCGCAGCCAGAGCCAUACUCGUGUUUUAUUCAAUU